CGCGAAAGGGAGCUUUUCCGGAGCCGCCCCGCCUCCCCCCGCGGGAGCGCCGCUCCAGCUGGCGGUUGGCCCAGCGCCGCUCCCCGAGCGUGCUGGGCGCGCGAGCGAACCACUUCUCCAGCCUGGGAUGCCCUGACGCGAUGCCCGCAGAUGCCCGAGGACGAAGGGGAGGAGGAGGAGGAGGAGGAGCGCCCAAGAAGAUGUCGAGGUGCAGAAUUAAUGCUGCCCAGAAACGCGUGUUGCACGCGUCUGGCUGUACAACAACCUCGACCUCCGACGCCAUGUUCUUUCACCACAAAGGAAACGCUUCCACUGAACAAGAAGCAAUGGCGUCGUCGGUCUGGCAAAUCUUCCGGUGCGCGUUGCUCCCCGUUCACGGGUCGUCAGCGCCACCCUGAUGGGCACUCAGUAGACCUCGGCUCGGACCUUAGUGGCCCCGGAAACGGCAGGGCCGAUUUUCACUGCUUCCGAAAGAAGAAUCUCUCGAAUAUGGAAACAGCAAUAAAACGGCGACCAAAAACGGCUCCGAAGUUCGAGCUGGAGCCAGAACCAGACAACAAAAACGACGACGGAGCCGAUCGGACGACAAAGCCUGGCGAAGGACCCAACCAUCUGCAGUUGUG